AUGGGGGAAGGCAGCAAUGUGAUUGCACCUUUGCUGGACAUCGACGAAUCAUCGGGUGCGUCGGAGGUGCUGCUGCAGCAGGAGCCUGUACCAUGGGGCGUGCUGGCGCGGCUGGCAGCAUGGGAGGCAGGCAACCUGUGGCGCAUCUCGUGGGCAUCCAUCCUCACCACGGUCUUCACUUUCACGCUCAGCCUCGUCACGCAAAUGUUUGUCGGACACCUCGGUGAGCUUGAGCUUGCCGGCGCCUCCAUCACCAACAUUGGCAUCCAGGGCCUAGCUUAUGGCGUCAUGAUUGGCAUGGCAAGUGCGGUGCAGACUGUCUGUGGUCAGGCAUACGGGGCCAUGAGGUAUGCAGCGAUGGGCAUUGUGUGCCAGAGGGCGCUAGUGCUCCAGCUCAUCACGGCUAUCCCAAUUGCCUUCCUCUACUGGUACGCCGGUCCGUUCCUGCGCCUCAUCGGGCAGGAGGCGGAUGUGGCUGCGGCGGGGCAGCUGUAUGCUCGUGGCCUGCUGCUGCAGCUGCUUGCUUUCACCCUCUUCUGCCCAAUGCAGAGGUUCCUGCAGGCCCAGAACAUCGUCAAUCCUGUGGCAUACAUGACGUUGGCAGUGCUCAUCUUCCACACCCUUGCCUCAUGGCUAGCGGUGUUUGUGCUUGGCUUAGGCCUCCUUGGAGCAGCACUGAUACUGAGCUUCUCUUGGUGGGUGCUUGUGGUGUUGACAUGGGGUUACAUCGUCUGGAGCCCAGCUUGUAAAGAAACGUGGACCGGACUGUCCUUGCUCGCCUUUAGAGGCCUCUGGGGAUAUGCCAAGCUUGCUUUUGCCUCGGCCAUCAUGCUAGCAUUGGAGAUCUGGUACGUACAAGGAUUUGUGCUUCUUACUGGUUUCCUCCCCAACUCGGAGAUUGCACUUGAUUCUCUCUCAAUCUGCAUCAAUUAUUGGAACUGGGAUUUCAAUAUCAUGCUUGGCUUGAGCUAUGCAGCCAGUAUUCGCGUCGGCAAUGAGCUUGGUGCUGGCCAUCCAAAGGUAGUAAGGUUCUCGGUCAUUGUAGUUGUCAUUGUGAGCAUCGCCUUCAGUUUUCUUGCGACGAUUACAGUCUUAAUUCUGAGGUAUCCACUGAGUACACUCUACACGAGUAGCGCAACAGUAAUAGAGGCUGUUAUCAGUCUGAUGCCCCUGAUGGCAAUCAGCAUCUUCUUGAAUGGGAUUCAGCCAAUUCUCUCAGGGGUUGCCAUUGGGAGUGGAUGGCAAGCAACAGUUGCCUAUGUCAAUGUUGGGGCCUACUACCUGAUCGGGCUUCCAAUUGGAUGCGUUCUAGGAUACAAAACAAGCCUUGGAGCAGCUGGAAUAUGGUGGGGUUUAAUUAUAGGGGUCGCUGUGCAAACGAUAGCCCUGAUUAUUCUCACAGUCAGGACUAACUGGGACAAGGAGGUGGAGAAGGCGAUGCAGCGACUGAAACAGACAGGUGUGGUUCCUGUAGAUGACAUCAUCGCAUGA